AAAUUGCGUUCGGCGACCAUCCAGCAUUUAGAGCAAAGCGAGACGUUGGUUGUGUUUUUAGUCCAUUCAUGCGGCCGUGCUUGCAGGUGGCUCAGCGUUACAGCGCGCGGCGGCCGCUACAGAGGGCCCUCCAAAGCAGCGCCCUCUGGCAUCGGUCCCGGGCGACGCGGCAGCCGUCGAGGCGUGCUGAUGGGUCGCAACGACGCCAGAGGUCGACCUGGGCACCCGCGACAGCAGCAGUCCACGCCGACGCCGGGAUCGACAAAACGUCACACGACAGCGACGUCGCUCCACCGAUUGGUCUCUCGACAACCUUCGACGACGGCGCCGACCACGUGUACUCGCGGAUUAGCGCGCCGACGCGAGAACGCUGCGAAGCUGUGCUCGCGGCGCUCGAGGGCGGCGGGGGUGCGCGCGCGGUGCUGUUCGCGAGCGGCAACGCGGCGACGCACGCCGUGCUCGCGAGCCUCGCGGCGCGCGCGCGCGAGAACGGGCGGACGCCGCGCGUCGCCACCGACGGCAUCGGCUACCACGGCACGCGCGACGCGGUCGCGGCCCUCGGCCCCGCCGUCGAGAUGGUUGGCGGGGCCGCCGAUUUAGGCGAGGGCGACGUCGUCUGGCUCGAGAGCCCGCGGAACCCGGACCUGCGCGUGCCGGACGUCGCGGGGGCCUGCGCCGGACCCGCUGACGUGGUCGUCGACGCGACCUUCGCACCGCUUGCGCAGAGGCUGUUGGACGACGACGUUGCCUGCGUUAUCCAUUCGGCGACGAAGGGCCUCGGCGGCCACUCGGACCUCCUGGGGGGCGUUGCGAUCACACGCGAUGGGGAGCUGGCGGACCGCCUGGCGUGGCACCGGACCGCGGCCGGCGCGGCGCCCGGGUCCCUGGACUGCUGGCUGCUGCUGCGGUCGUUGCGGACGCUUGACGUCCGCGUCACUCGGCAGAACGCCACGGCACAGCGCGUCGCCGAGGCGCUCGAGGCCUCCGGGCUACUGCAACGGGUCCUGUACCCCGGGCUCGCUUCGCACCCGGAUCACGCCGUCGCAACGCGCCAGAUGACGUCGUACGGGUCGAUCCUCGCGGUCGAGUGCCGGUCCGAGGCCGCGGCGCGGGCCCUGCCCGAGACGCUGGCGCUCUUCCGGAGCGCGACGUCGCUGGGCGGCGUCGAGUCGCUCGCGGAGUGGCGCCGCAAGUACGACGACGCCGUGAGCCCGCUCCUCGUCCGCCUGUCUAUCGGCCUCGAGGACCCGGACGAUCUUAUUGAUGAUCUGUUAUCGGCGUUGCGGCGGCUCGAAUGACUUUGCGUUUGAUUAUAAG